AUGGCCAAGCGCACAAAGAAGGUCGGUAUUGUCGGAAAGUACGGCACCCGAUAUGGAGCGUCUCUGCGUAAAAUGGUCAAGAAGAUGGAGGUGACCCAGCACUCUCGGUAUACCUGCGUAUUUUGCGGAAAGGAGGCCAUGAAGCGUAAAGCUGUCGGCAUCUGGAACUGCUCGAAGUGCCACAAGACUGUUGCUGGUGGAGCAUACGUUUAUGGAACUGUCACUGCCGCGACUGUACGAUCAACCAUCCGUCGUCUCCGCGAUCUCAAGGAAUAA